AUGUCUGUCUCAUCAGCUCUAACCCAAUAAGCAAAAAAAAAAAAAAACAAAGCCAAGCCAUGUCUCUAGUCACAGAAGAGAUCAAAGCCAAAGCAGAGGUAUACUAUGGAAAUGACAUCUGUCAAGAGAAAUCAAAGUUCUUGCUCAAAGAAAUGAAGUUGCCCAAUGGCCUCUUGCCAUUGGAGGACAUGCUUGAGUGUGGGUAUGUCAAAGAGACUGGCUUUGUGUGGCUCAAACAGAAGAAGAAGACUGAGCACAAAUUUGAGAAAAUUGGCAAAUCAGUCACUUAUGCAACUGAGGUCACAGCUGUUGUUGAGCCAAACAAGAUCAAGAAACUGACAGGUGUCAAGACCAAGGAGCUCUUGAUUUGGGUCUCGCUCAGUGACAUCUAUGUCAAUGACCCGCCCACCGGGAAGAUCACUUUCCAGACCCCUGCAGGUCUGUCAAAGACCUUCCCGGUGUCAGCUUUUGAAGUUGAGGAGGUGGAGCCACCCACCAAGGGGAAGGAGGAGGUGAAUAAGGAAGCUAAUGUGGUGGUGAACUAGGUGUAAACGUUAUUAUUACAGCAGUUCUAGGAACACGAAAAGAUUUUACAAAAUAUUCUAUGUCUUAUUCUGUGAAAUCUUUCUGUGUUUAGGUUUAUCAGCAUUAAUAAUACCAACUACUAGAGGGCUAUAUCCUUGUGAGAAAAGUUUGAUUUGAGUAAUGAGAGGUUGUUUUAAAGUGGUUAAAUGAUUUCCAUUUCAUGGUGCGUUGUUCCAAUGCUCUCGUCCUUUAUUUGUGUUACUCCUAAUAUGAUUAAGAUUAAUUUUAGA